AUGAAUUCAUUCUUCAACCUCGUUAUCUAUGUCCUCGAGCAACUUUUACUCGUAGCCCCAAGGGAUCAUGUAUACGCAGCUGCAGUUGGCUAUGCUUACGAUCCGGUGCCAAACAUACCCCAGUACAUUCGUCCUAAGUAUGCCUCAUUUCCUCAACAUGCAUCUAUGCCAAAUGCACACAUCCAAAACAACACCAUUCGGCUGCGACCGCAAGCAGCAGGGCUUCCAUACCGAUCGAGUUUUGAUUAUGUCCGGGCUGCCAAACACUGGAAGGCUAAUCUGGAAGAGACCAUCAAGGUCCUUGAGCUACUUGCUACCGACACUUCUACCGUUGAUGUCGAAGUCGGAAACGGCAUAACAUUAGCCAAGCUCGCGAAAAAGGAGCUGCGUCCGGGCCUCGAAAACCGCAUGGUGAUUGCAACAAGCCACAUGUUCCCAAGUGGAGACGAGCGGCGGAUCCGGAUUAUAGCAACUUUGAUGAUCAUGUACUUUGUUUUCGAUGGUGAUUUAGCGGAGAUUGACAAUUCACAGCUUUCGGAUCUGAGAGACGAUUUCUUCAGUCGAUUUGAUGGUCCCAGGGCUAGACGGUCAGAGAGAGCACCGAGUGCACUUCAGACUCAUUUGGAUGAAACAGUGGCUGGCAUCUACGAAGAAGAUGCUGCAGGGGGCAACGGAGGGCAUGAGAUGCUUGAAGCGCUGCGAGGUGCCUUCCGCUGCGUCCACCCAGAGGGCAACUUUCCCACAGUUGAUAGCUAUCUUGCAUUUAGGAGAUUGAACGUCGGGGCAAGAUUCGUGAUUGCGGCGGCGAAGUUCACUAUCAAGUCUAAUGUUGACGUUUCAGACGCGCGCUUUGCCAGGUUCUUGAGUUUGAUAGGAGAUCACCUGGGCCUUGUCAAUGACCUAGCAUCGUACGAGAAAGAGGCGCGGGCACUGAGCACUGGAGAAACCAAGGAUAUGAUCAACAUAGUUGCUGUGAUGCACAAUUUGAUGUCCCUCCCAAGCGCGAAAGCUGCUAAAGCGGCAGCUUUCUCUUACCUGUUGCAAGUGGAAACAUGGAUAAUGGAGGAAAUCGAGCAGCUAGCCGCGUGGGAGAAGCUAAAGGAUGAAGAGUGGUGGUUUCUAGAGGCUGUGUUUCUUUCAGCGACUGGAAAUACCUUUUUCUGUAUGACUAGUUCGCGUUAUGGUGGAGAAGCUGCAAAGAUUAACUAG